UUUUUUGAAUGCCUUAUAAAUGCAACACAUAAUAUAUCUCCUGCUGUUUUAUUUUCCGACGCUGAACCAGAGAAUAUUCGCAAAAAUUUAAGGAGUAAACUUGGCGGAAAUUUUGAUGAAUUCUAUAAAGAAUUUUUACAUACAUGUAAUAGUACAUUUGAAGAGGAUUUUUUUAGAAG